CGCACCGUCCACAGCGAUCAUGGCGUCGAAAAAAGGUUCCGACAAGUACUCAGUUCUUCUUCCGACUUACAACGAGCGGGACAACCUGCCCCUGAUCGUCUGGCUGCUCGUCAGGGCGUUCCAGCAAAGUGGCCAUGACUUUGAGAUUAUAGUGAUAGAUGACGGCAGCCCGGACGGUACACUGGAGGUGGCCCAACAGCUGGAAAACAUCUACGGCAAGGACAAAAUUGUACUAAGACCAAGAGCAAAGAAGCUAGGACUAGGAACUGCCUACAUCCAUGGCAUGAAGCACGCUACAGGAAACUUUGUCAUCAUCAUGGAUGCUGACCUCUCUCACCAUCCAAAGUUCAUUCCAGAAUUCAUAAGUAAACAACAGGAGAGAGACUAUGAUGUUGUGUCAGGCACCAGGUACAGGGGAAGUGGAGGGGUCUAUGGAUGGGAUCUUAAGAGGAAGCUCAUCAGCCGAGGUGCAAACUAUCUGACUCAGAUCCUGCUGAGGCCAGGGGCAUCGGACUUGACAGGGAGUUUCAGGCUCUAUAAGAAAGCAGUGCUGGAGAAGUUGGUUGAGAGCUGUGUGUCCAAAGGCUACGUCUUCCAAAUGGAGAUGAUCGUGCGCGCCAGGCAGCUAGGCUUUACCAUUGGAGAGGUCCCCAUCACAUUUGUGGACAGGGUGUACGGAGAGUCCAAACUGGGAGGAAACGAGGUCAUCUCUUUUGCAAAAGGUCUCCUGUACCUGUUUGCUACUACAUAAGGCUGUAGGGUAACAUCGCAUUGUUCCUGCGAAGCUGGUGUGUUACGCCAAAAGGUGGUUAUACCGGCUAUACAGAUACAGAUACACAUUGUGUGGGACAUUACACAGAAGCCUUAUUCCUUUUAGCAUUGUGAACAGUUUUUAUCAUACAUCUAUCUGGCUGAGAUUCUGUAAUUGAAGUCACAUCA